GGCGGCAUUGAUGAAUAUGAAGAUGAUUCAGAAUAUGCUCCGAGCGGAUGUGUUUCAUUCCUUACGAUUCAUCAAUCAAAGGGAAUGGAAUUUCCGAUUGUAUUUGUAGAUUCGCUUAGUAAUGUUCCAAGGAAAACCUAUAAGGAACUUAUGACAGCAAUAGAAGACAGAUAUGUUGAUCGUCAGCACGGAAAUUGGAGCCAGAUAAAACAGGCCGAAGUCGAUGUAAGCAUGGUGCAGCCAGAUUAUAUUAUUGAAGGAACAGUGGAUCUAGUAAAAGAUUUGGAGAAAGAUCGUGAACGCAUAGAGCAUUAUAGAAGGCAACUUCAUAUCUAUGCGUAUCUGAUUGAGCAUAGAACCGGACAGAAAGAGCUGGAACACCUAAAGGCUGUUGGGCUAAACGCCAUGAUAACAUUUUUGUUUAUUCUAAGACGGCAACUUAUACCUUUAACGCUGACGAGGUUAGAACGGAAUAUGCGGCUGCAACGGUAG